AUGAGCAGAAGAAAAAAGGAUAUAUCUGACGAAAAACAAAAACAUGCUGAGGAUGAAACAGUAAAUGAGACACCUUAUUUUAAAGAUAUAUGGAAUAAACUUGAUCAAUAUGAAGAAGAAUACCUUCCGUCAAAUGAACUUCAGAAAUAUCAUUGUAACUUGCAAAAAAGUUUGUAUAAUAUUUUGUUCUCUAUAAAAUAUUUUA